GGAGAAGAAGACCAAAGAACACAUUACGUCGAGAAAUGGAGACAGGCAUGAGAAAAAUGAACAAUAAUUGAAUAGAACUAGGAAGGAGGACCGAGGAUAGAGUGGGUUGGAGAAUGCUGGUCUAUGGCUUAUGCUUCAGUGGAAGUAACAGGCGUAAGUAAGCAAGUAAUUAAGUUGGAGAUCUGGUUGCAUUGUGUCCACUUGUCUAAGUCAUUAUUUUCGGAUAUAAAGUAGGUUGAGGCAAUAAACAGACAAUUUAGGUAUCGGUUUUUUUGUUAGAUGUCGUUCAUCUACAAAGAACUAUCUGGAAUUUUGAGAGGAUUGAUGAUAUUCAGGCAGAAAACAGAACCUAUGUGAUUCAUUGCAACAGAGCUAUUUUGGCCCAUAUUAACAGACUACCUCCAACCAGAUAAUGUAAAGCAUAGUUCAUGCAAUGUAAAACCACUUAUACUACUGAUAACAUUCCAUUUUGAAGGCAUAAUUCUAUAAGCAAUAAAAACUAAACAAAUACUGCUAAUCAAUGUUGAUGUCUCAGACUUAUACAUGGUUUGUUAUAGCCCUAAAUAUCUUCGUUUUGCCGUCACAACUUUGUGACAAGACAAGAAACCCACUAAGGGAAUAACUUUACAAUUACUUCUUACUAGAAACUGUAAAACAAACUGAAAUGUAGAUCAAGACUUUUCUAUCAAUUUACUUCAACCACCUAGCAUAAUAAAUAAGAACUUUCGUUUAAAUUUGUUCAAAUAGUUUCACAGUAUUUGGGCGCUGAAUUGAUAUGAAACAUUAAACAGAAAGAAUGUUGUAUUUGUGAAAAUCACAGCGAAUGAAUUUGAAGUAAAUCCAACAUUUCGCCUGACAAUCUAGUCCAAACUUUUUCAAGGAAAAGUUAUUUCUUUGAUAAAGCUUGGAUCAGAUUGACAGGCGAAAUGUUGGAUUGAAUUCACGUUCUUUCACCAAGCAUAGUUUCCAAUUUUUUCGAUUGAACAUGACUGAUUUUUUAUGACACUGGCUUCAAACCUAUUACGAUCACCCUAAAGGUGAACUGAAUUAAAGAUAAUUUAUAUGUGCCUGAUUUGAAAAUAGUUGCUUGGUUUACUUUUAGAGCAUUAUCCCCUUGAAAUAUUUAUCAUAAACAUUGAUGCUACUUUAAAUAUAAUAAGUAGGUCAAGUUGUAUGAAAAAAUAAAUGAGAGUUAUGACGGUAGUUGGAGGUAGUUAACAGGAAACCCUGGACCUGACAUUUGUUAGCAAGGUGUAUCUUAAAGGAACUGAAGCUCCCUGAGGGAUUCGAUCCCGUAUCACUCAGCUUCACAUUGCGUACACAUAAUGUCGAGUAAUUUUCUUUUUUAUAAUUUUAAAAAUUACAGUUUAAUCCUCAACUGAUACUGAUUUCUUGUGGGUUCGACGCAGCCAUUGGUUGUCCAGAGGGUAGAAUGUGGUUAACUCCAAUGGUGUUUAGUCAUUUUGUACACAAAUUAAAAUCUUUAGCUGGAGGCAAAGUUGUUGUCGUUCUUGAAGGUGGUUAUUUCGUAGAUAGUUUGGCUGAAGGAAUUGUCCAUAUUUUAAAAGCAUUACUUGGUGAUCCAUUAUCACCUAUACGAUUAAUCCAACCACCAUGUUCAAGUGUUAAAGAGACUAUUGAAUCAUGUAUAACUGUGCUAAGUCCAUAUUGGAAAAGUCUUCUGAAUAGUUCUCAACCUGUACAAAUUGAGAGUUCGGAACAUUUAACAACAAUGACGUGCCUUCUGUGGGAGAUGACGAACCAACUUUCAUCAUUAAACUACAUCACGAAUCAAGCGCUAACUUGGAAUCUUGAAUGGAAACAGAAAUGAGGAAGAUCAAAGAACACACUGCACCGGUAAUCGGAAGCAGACAUGGGAAAGAUUUUCCAGGACACCUUUCGACUAUAUAUGCAUAUAUUUCAUCAAUAAAUUCACUUUCUCUCUCUCUCUCUCUUUCUCGAACAUAUAGGCCAAUAGUAAAGGUGAUAACAUGGCCUGAAACUAAUCCUCAAUUACCCAGAGUACUAACGAAUCAUAUUCAACACUUAAUAAAUAAUCACUUUCCAGCACCAUUAACAAUAUCGAAUGAAAUGAUUCAACAGAUGACUUUGAUUUUAUUGUUAACAUCACAGGCAUCAGAGUUAUAUGAUUUACAAUAUGGGUCAACUAAUGUUAAUGAAAGAAGAAGCGGAAGAAGAAAACAACAGAAAGUUACGCUAGAAAGCUUAAUGUAUAAAUUAAAUGAUCAAUUUCAUAUACAUCUAUACAAUCAAUAUGAUGUACCUAUCAAACUUUAUUCCAAUUCAAAAUCAGCUACGAAAUUUCGGUCUACACAAUCAUCUUCUUCAUUAAUUUCAUCAUUUCCUACUAAUUCAACCAACGAUCAUGUUUAUGACGUUCAUAAUAUGAAUGAUAAUAUCAAUUCAAUUGAUUCAUUAUGUUUUACACAAUCUUUACCUGGAGUUAAUUCAUCUUCAUAUAAACCCUAUAGUUAUGAAGGAUUCAUUCAACAUCAUAGACAAAUGGAAGAUUUACUAAUGAAUAAACGACAAGGGAACUUAUCAGAAAAUUUUCAAACUGCUAUCAUUCAUGCAUUAAGUUUAAUUUUAAUGGGACAGCUUCAUAGACUUUAUUUUGUGAAUCAUUCAUUCAAUUUAGUAGAAUUACUUGAGACUAUAUCAAAUAUACCUAUGGAAUUAUUAGUUGAUUAUCGUAAAAGAAUAUUUAAACCAAAAAAUUUUCGAAAGAAUACAAAUAAUGAUAAUACAAUAAUUGAAUUUAUGAGAAGCAGUUCAUUCAUAAAUAACAAUAACACUUUUAAUGAUAAUAAAAUUUUGGAAAAGUUAACACAUGUUUACUCUUAUCCAAAUAGAUCAAGUUCAUUUCAUAUGUUUUCAGGAUCAAUCUCUUCAACGUCUUUAUCUCAUAGUAGAUCUCAAAUUAAUAAAAAUGAGACGUUUUACAAUAGACCAUGUCGUAUAUUAGUACUGGAUCUAAAUGGAAUACAACAAAGGGACAUUAAACAAUUGAAUCAAUUCCAAUGUUCAACUAAACCAAUGAAUGGGAAUAUGAAAUGUCAUUUCAUUUGGUGUUCAGUUUAUUAUGGUAAUGUAGCAAAUCAAUUAUUGACCAAACUGAAUGAAUUACGCGCUAAAGAUUUCUAUACUUCUGAUUCAGUAUGUAAUAAUAAUGAAUUAGAGAUACAUCAUGUAGUUUGGGUUAAAAUCCCUUUUCCAAUCAGAAUAGAAAACAUUGACAACAUGAGUGAAACAGUGAAUGAUGCAAAUGAGAAAUUACAAUCGCAAACUUUUCAUGAUGAUAUAAAUAUGAUCAAUUUACUAUCAAUGUUAUAUCAUAUAAUUUUACCAAUAUCCUAUGAAUAUGAACCAGAUCUAAUUUAUCUAUUGAAUGGAUCUAAUAAAAUGAAAAAUGAAUUUGUCACAUCUGAAAGCUUAGCUCGAAUAAUUUAUUUAAUCAAUGGAUUAGGUAUACCAAUAUUGAUUAAUGGAUCAUCCAUAAAUGAAUUAUCUUCAAAUUAUUUAAUACAAAGUUUACAAGGAAAGCCAAUACCGACUGGAUUCAAUAAGUUAACACCAACUUCACCAUCGUCAAAAAUGAAACGCAUUAUUCAGCUUAUCAUACAACAAAAUCAUCAGAGAUGGAAAUGUUUAGGAUCUUUUUGAACUGUUGCUAAAAAUGAAUCAAUGUACUAGUAAUGGAAAUUUAUAAACGACUGCUUUUUAUUGCAACCUUAUAAGAAAUGUAUUGAAUUCACUAAUGUCUUCUUAUUUAAUAAAAUACUUAAACUAUUUAUGUGCGUGUAAUGUAUUGUGAAUACAGCUCAAUCCUACAGAAAGUCAGUCGCAGCCUGGAUAGCCUAGUGGUAAUGUAUCUAACUGUGAAGCUGGGUAACAUGGGACUGAAUCCGUCAGAGAGCAUAAGUCCUCUCAAGAUUACAGGUAAACCUUGCUGACGAGUACCAAAUAGCACAAAGCCUAGGUUCAGGAUUUCCUGUUGACUACCUCCAACCAUCAUCUUAUCUCAACAUAGUGCACGCAAUGUCGAGUCAUCUGUACUGGUGGCCACAUUGCAACUCGGUCGAUAGGAUUCGAUCUGUACUAAGAAGGACCUGACAUACAUGAAAUUGAUCACCAUCCAGAGAUCAAUCAAUGGUGAACGUAUCGGUUUAAUGUUCAUUUUUCA